UCAGAUGCCUCGGUGGAGUCUACGGAGGGAUUUCAGAGUCAGGAAUAGCGUCUGCAGCGUGAGGUUCCAGCCCGCACACGGUGGUGUCCUGUUCGCCUUGAGAGCCACCGUGCAGGGAGGGACGCUUCCACCUCCAGCGCCCCGGGCCUGGCAGCCAGCUCAGCUCGCCCCACCUGACCCAGGCCGGGCAGAUGGACCGAGCAUACGCCCUUGCAGCACCCGGGUGCCCAGCGCGGUGCCCGGUCUCUGGUAGACACCCAGCCAAGGUUUGAUGAAUGAAUGAAUGAACGUGCGCCAAGAGGCCACGGGAGACGGGAAUGCCCUGCGCAGGGGGAGAGGGCACGGGGCAGGGCAGGUAAUCCCCGUCCACCCCACCCAGCCACCCAGCCUGCUGGGCCAGGGUGGAUGAGAGAACCCAGCAGGGGACUUCCCCGCUGGUCUCUGAGGACAGAGGUCGGAUAUCCCCAGCGAGGUCCCCGGUCACCAGGCUGCAGAGCGGGGGGCGUUGCCCGCUCCCGCCCGCUCCACCCGGCCGGCCGGCCUCUGCGAGCCUCCAGCAGCUCCGGCGCGGCCAUGGAGGAGGAGGGCUCGCGCUGCGCGGUGCCCAGCCUGGCCCGGGCCGUGCCCAGGCGCGGGCUCUGGGUGCUGCUCGCGCUCUGCCUGGCCACCUCCGUGUCCUGCUUGGUCUCCUACUUCCACUGCGACCGUCGCUGCGCGGGCCAGCCGGGCCCGCUGGACCCCGGGAGAGAUGUGGCCGAGCUGCAGGUGAAUCUCACAGGUCCCAGGCAGGACCCCAGGCUGCGCUGGCAGGGGGACCCAUCCUUGGGCCGCUCUUUCCUGCACGGACCGGCGCUGGACGACGGGCAGCUGCGUGUCCACCGCGACGGCAUCUACCAGCUGCACAUCCAGGUGACCCUGGCCAGGUGCUCCUCCGCGAGGGACGUCAGGCACCACAACGCCACCCUGGCGGUGGGCAUCUGCUCGGCCACCCGCAGCAUCAGCCUGCUGCGCCUGGGCUUCGGCCGGGGCUGCACGGUGGCCUCCCAGCGCCUGACGCCGCUGGCCCGCGGGGACGUCCUGUGCACCAACCUCACCCUGCCGCUGCUGCCCUCCCCAAACGCCGACCAGACCUUCUUCGGCAUCCAGUGGGUCCGCUCCUGACCAGCGCCUGCUUGCUUGGGCUGUUUCUGUUUUCUGUAAAUAAAUGUGUUUGGGGGCUGAGGAUUUAGCUCAGCAGCAUAAGCACCUGCCCGGGCAUGUGUGAGGUCACGAUUUCUAUCCCAGUGGCAAAAAAAUAAAAAUGUAUUUUGCAAUUUC